AUGACCAAAGAAUUUCACGAACAAGAUCUUUUGUUGAAGGUAAACGCCCAUAAAACAAACCGCAUCCAAAUACGAAUUCAUUGGGUACCUGUUAAUGUCAUGCCUUUUUCAAAGAAAAUACGAUACGAAGGAGAAAUUCAAGAGAGUCCAUUACCGCAGUUGUUGGAUAAUAUUCAUGCAAAGGGAAUUGAUUUGCGUAUUUGCAAUGACCCUCUUUUAGCUACCCAUUACAUCGUGCUCUCGGACCAUGUUGAUUUUGCGUAUCAAAUUGCUGUUCUGAGGUCUAUUCCUGUUGUGACGAGCCAUUGGACAGAUUGCCUAAUGAAGACACCCCAUGAUAUUAAUAAGUGGCUAUUUCAUCCCACCGCAGAUCUACUAUUGCCUGGUACUCCAAGCAACUAUGUGUUUCCUGAUAAAAGAAGACCUAGCCUCUUGGAAGGAAAGGAGACUGUAAUAUGGCAUCUGGAGAACAUGAAACAAGUCACGCGACUAGAGUCAUGGUUGAAGUGUCUUGGAUGCUCUGUUAUCUGCUUGUUGAAUGAUCAAGAAAAUAAAACAUCAGCUUUAACUACUCUUCAGCGAAUGGUAAAUACUAAUGCGGUCUUCGUUUUCAAGGUCUCUGGUACCGACAAUUUGAUGAACCUUUUUGGUGAGCAAGUCAACCUGACUAAUGAUCUUUGGAACGCAGUUAAGUCAGUUGAUAUAAAGAACUUGAAAUCUUUUACAACUGCUAAUCCUGAAGUUGAGAUCACUGGUGUCAAAGAUGAAGAUACUCCUAGAUUUUCACAGCGAAGGAAGCGACGAAAAGUGGAGCGUGUUAAUGAUACUGACUUUUUUCAAUUUAGUUACCCUUCUAGCUCUAUCACUAGCCACAAUGCUGUCACUGCUGACAACGAAAACUCGCAACUUGAAAUCGAACCGCCUUCUCAAAGCAACGUAGAAGGGGAUUUUGUGGGUAGAAACACCUCGGAAGACGAAGAAAACAAAACCAGAAUCGAGUCAACAGCACAACAAGAUGCGAAACAAAUUGAAACUGGAGAGACUAAUAUUGCAAUGCAAAAUUCGGAACAACGGGAGAAACCCUCUGGUGACGCAUCACAAAAUGCCGAUAGCGUAAGGGAACCACUGGAGGAGCCAGUGACUAAAAAAUUCAAAGUGAAUAAGAAUGCAAAAUGGAUCGUGCCCCAAAUUUCUUUUGCGGAUGCUGUUCGUGCCACAAAAGAAGAAGCCGAAAAGUCUGCUAAACAUGAAUUAGAAACCGCAGGGGUUGAUUUCGUUCAUGAUAAUUUACUGAAACUUGCAAUAGUGGAAGAGGUAGAUUUCGCAGUACCAAGAAAGACUAAAGCUCAAGCUAAUGUUGAUCCAAGAUACAAGGGUAGACCCAAUUUCAAGGCAUUCAGGCGAAGAAAUAAAGCUGCUCAUACUGUCACUCGAACAUUUUUGGAGCUUUAUGAGGAUGAUUCACUCAAUGAAAUUCGAUUUACUGACCAUGGUUCUACUGAUUUCGAGGCGGCCGAAAGGAUUGAAGUCGACUUUGCGAAGGAGAUGAAUGACGUUAAAGGUUAUCAACCUAAAAUUUCGCAACUUUUCGUGGACGAAGCAUCUGAUACCGAGAUUAGGGAAGAACGCGAGGAUGCUGAUUACGAUGAUAAUACAUUUUCUUUUACCACGCGUGGGAAGUCUACGGAUGUGCUCAUUGAUUCCGCUGGUAGUCAUGAUUAUAACGAUGGAGGCGAUGGCGAUGGCGAUGAUUUUAAAUUUGCUUUUUCACGAAGGUGA